AUGGUGCAGACCAAAUCAAUGACCGCGGCGGAGAAGGUCGUUGCCCAAGAGAAGGCCGCCCAAAGCAAGACCUCCGGGUCACUGGUGGAUGGCGCCCUCGAAGACCUCACCGACACAGAGGUGUUACGCCGCAAGGUCGAUCAGAUGGAGGUGACGAUGGGCGACCUGGACGCGCAAACCGCGAGCCUGCGUACUGGUCAGGACGCGCUGUCACUAGAGUUCCAGGCUAUUCGCGAGAUCCUAGAGCAACUGGUCCACGACAAGGUGAAGCCGGCCACCCUGGCAUCGGAGGAAUCCUCGGCAGCUCGAUAA